CAAACAAUCUCUAACCCCUCAAACUGAACCCCUCAUCUGCCUUCUUCGCGAAUCCCUCUCGACGUACCAGUUCGUCGGCGUCUUUACCGCCGUCGCCGUCGCCCGUUCUCUAACGAAAUUUCCAAAAAAAUGCUCAACCUAAGGCAAGUUACGUUGGUCCAUGGUGCAACCGCAACUCACUUGCGGUUGGUCCAUGGUGCAACCGCAAGUGAGCUGCGGUUGGCCCAUGGUGCAACCGCAAAUGAACUACGGUUCCCUUUUUUUGUUUUUUUUCAAUUUUUUGAGUGAACUUUACCGAUUCAGAGUCGCUAGUCAUGAUCCAGACAUCAUAUCAACGAUUCCAACUCCAGAAUGACGAUGAUGGAUUCUCUCUUUUGAAUAAUAUUUUAUUUUCUUUACUAAGUGGUGUUUGUUUGCUAAAGGAAGAGUAAAGAAGCUAAAAGGUUAAAUUUGUAACUUUGAUGUUUUUUAAGGCGACAUUUAGCAAUUUUAAAGGCGAACUUUAGCAACUACAAAAAAUUUAUCUUUCAUUUUGGUGUGGCAAAAAAUUUAAUAAAUUAUGAAAUCAAACUCAUUCCCACUUCUCCUCGUAUCGUAGGAGUCUCCUAAUUCCUAAACCAUUAGAAUUUAGAAUCCCCUUCCCUUCCUCGCCGGCUUCCAUUUCUUACCCAUUUGACUCUCCUCCAUUCUCCGACCUUUUGCAAGCAAAUAUGCUUCCUCCCACCAUGACUAAAGCAUAAUCAUUUCUCUCUCCAUCCAUCUCUUGUUCGAGCAGUCUUUCUCUUCCGUGUUGUUUACUCCCAUCAGUUAUGGCGACGCCGAAACCCCAGAGGUCCCCCGAAGAAAUCGAGGACAUAAUCCUCCGCAAAAUCCUUCUAGUCACGCUCGCUCCUCCUGCCCAUGGCGCCGAUCCCAGAAUCAUUUACUUGGAGAUGACCGCUGCCGAGAUUCUCAGCGAAGGUAAAGACUUGAGGCUUAAUCGCGAUGUCGUAGAAAGGGUGCUAAUUGAUCGCUUGUCCGGCGAGUUCCCUGACGCCGAAGCUCCGUUUACUUACCUACUCGGAUGUUAUCGCCGGGCUGUUGAUGAACUGAAGAAGGUCGCCAACAUGAAGGACAAAACCGUCAAAUCUCAGGUGGAGGUGUCCAUCAAGCAGGCUAAGAAGCUAUUCGUUAAUUAUGUUAGAAUUCAUUUGGGCAAUCCGGAAUUGUUUCCUUCGAAUUCACAAUCCCUCGCGGGGAAAUCCACUAUUUGCAGCCUCACGCCGUUGAUUUUUGGAACGGUGGAUAGAAAUGGGUUUGGUGGUGGUGGAGGGAGUCAGCCACCGCCUGCUGGAUUUCUUGAUGAGUUGUUUUCAGAGGCGGAUUUUGAUAGCUUGGACCCUAUAUUCAAAGGGCUGUAUGAGGAUUUGAGAGGUCAUGUCAUAAAGUUAUCAGCUUUGGGGAACUUUCAGCAGCCAUUGGCUGCACUGUUGUAUUUAGUUAAGUUGCCGGCUGGAGCUAAGUCGCUAGUGAAUCAUCCUUGGUGGAUUCCUAAAGGGGCUUACUUGAAUGGAAGAGUGAUUGAAAUGACCAGUAUUCUUGGACCCUUUUUCCAUGUUAGUGCAUUGCCUGAUCAUACCAUAUUCAAGAGCGAGCCUGAUGUUGGACAGCAUUGCUUCUCGGAAGCAUCAACUCGUAGGCCUGCUGACUUAUUGUCUUCAUUUACUACUAUCAAGACAGUUAUGAAUAACUUAUAUGAGGGUCUCUCCGAAGUUCUUCUUACUCUACUUAAGCAUGCCGACAUUCGCGAGCAUGUCUUGCAGUAUCUUGCCGAGGUGAUCAACAGAAAUGCCUCCAGAGCACAUAUCCAGGUUGAUCCCAUAUCUUGUGCAAGCUCGGGCAUGUUUGUCAGUCUCAGCGCUGUUAUGCUUCGACUCUGUGAACCCUUUUUAGAUCCACAUUGCUCAAAAAUUGAUAAAAUUGAUCCAGGAUAUGUGUUCUACUGUAACCGAUUGGACUUGAGGGGGUUAACAGCCUUACAUGCAUCAUCAGAAGAAGUUGCAGAGUGGAUUAAAAAUGAUAGUUCUGGGAAAGCUGAUAUAAAUUCUGGAUCUGGUGAUAUAGAAAACCGUGUAGUCCAAUCACAGGGAGCCAGUAGUUCUGGUGCCAAGCCUGCAUCAAGUGGUGGUAAGGCUUCAUACGCAUUUAUAAGUGAAUGCUUCUUUAUGACGGCAAGGGUGCUCAACUUGGGCAUGCUAAAAGCAUUUUCUGACUUUAAGCACUUGGUUCAGGACAUUUCAAGAUCUGAGGACACUCUAUCGACAUUAAAAGCAUUGCAAGAACAGUCACCUUCACCGCAAAUGCAAAUGGAUAUUGCUCGCCUCGAGAAGGAAUUAGAAUUAUAUUCUCAGGAAAAACUUUGCUAUGAGGCACAAUUACUGAGGGACCCUACUCUUAUUAAGCAAGGGCUCUCGUUCUACCGAUUGAUGGUGGUUUGGUUGGUCAGCCUGGUUGGUGGAUUUAAAAUGCCUCUUUCAUCUACUUGCCCCAUGGAAUUUUCAUCGAUGCCUGAGCAUUUUGCGGAAGAUGCGAUGGAGUUACUUAUAUUUGCUUCUCGGGUCCCAAAAGCUUUAGAUGGAGUCAUUCUGGAUGAUUUUAUGAACUUCAUAAUCAUGUUUAUGGGAAGUCCAACACACAUUAGGAACCCUUAUCUCAGAGCAAAGAUGGUUGAAGUGUUGAACUGCUGGAUGCCCCGUGGGAGUGGUUCAUCUGCUACAACUAGUCUGUUUGAGGGACACCAAUUAGCUCUCAAGUAUCUCGUGAGGAAUCUAUUGAAGCUUUAUGUUGACAUUGAAUUCACUGGUUCGCACACUCAGUUCUAUGACAAGUUCAAUAUCAGACAUAAUAUUGCUGAGCUCCUAGAGUAUCUGUGGCAGGUCCCUAGUCAUCGUAAUGCCUGGAGACAGAUAGCAAAGGAAGAGGAAAAGGGAGUUUACUUGAAUUUCUUGAACUUCUUGAUUAACGAUAGUAUAUAUCUAUUGGAUGAAAGUCUGAACAAGAUUCUUGAGCUGAAAGAACUGGAAGCUGAAAUGUCAAACACGGUGGAAUGGGAACGGAGACCAGCUCAGGAGAGGCAGGAAAGAACCCGGCUAUUUCACUCCCAAGAGAAUAUCAUCCGGAUUGAUAUGAAGCUGGCAAACGAGGACGUGAGUAUGCUGGCCUUCACAUCUGAGCAGAUAACAGUACCUUUCUUACUCCCUGAGAUGGUGGAGCGAGUGGCCAGCAUGCUGAAUUACUUUUUAUUACAACUUGUGGGUCCUCAGAGAAAAUCUCUUACUCUGAAAGACCCUGAAAAGUAUGAAUUUCGUCCAAAACAGCUCCUGAAGCAGAUUGUCCAAAUAUACGUUCACCUAGCUAGAGGUGAUAAAGAAAACAUAUUCCCAACUGCCAUUUCAAAGGAUGGAAGGUCAUACAAUGAACAGUUAUUUAGUGCUGCUGCUGAUGUUCUUCGAAGAAUUGGUGAAGAUGGGAGAAUCAUACAUGAGUUUGUUGAACUUGGUGCAAAAGCAAAAGUUGCUGCCAUCGAGGAAAUGGACAGUGAAGCUGCUCUUGGGGAGGUACCAGACGAGUUCCUUGACCCCAUCCAGUACACUCUGAUGAAAGACCCAGUAAUACUACCUUCUUCAAGAAUUAUCGUGGACAGGCCGGUCAUCCAAAGGCAUCUCCUUAGUGACAGCACGGACCCCUUCAACCGUUCGCAUCUUACAUCUGAUAUGCUGAUACCAGACGUGGAGUUGAAGGCAAGAAUCGAAGAGUUCAUCAGAUCUCAACACCUUAAGCGGCAUAGUAGCGACGACUUCAGCAUGCAGAGCAGCAAAGCAUCCAUGCAAACCACUGCCGGGGACAUGUUGAUUGAUUGAUUGAUAGGAACUAGGAAGGCAGGACAAUUCGUUCAGGGUAAACUUCUAUUGAAUGCUUCAAAAUCAGGAUUUUCUCCUUCACUUUUGUAACUAUAAAUCUUCCAAGUUCCUCAAUCCCAUUGCACAUAAGUUUAUUGGCCUCUUGUAGAAGUUUGCCUACCAUUACAUUGCAUUUAGUGUUCGCUUGUCAUGGUAUCAAGAACCCUA